ACUUCUUACUAUAGCUUGACAGUAGUGUGAGCAGUCGAGGGAGAAGCAGCUGUUCAUUGUGGCGAGGACUGAGUUUACAGUUUGUACUGUUAUAUAAUUUCGUGUUUGCUGGGUUUUGUCGGCGGCGUGUUUCUCCUGUCGUUGUUUAGGAGCCGUUCAAACCGGAAUGGCCGAACCGAGCGCCAGAUAUCAGCAGUUGCCCAAUGAGGAGGACCCAGAAGAGAGUCCACAGGUAGCAGCUGAUGCUCCACCACCGUACAGCAGCAUCGCAGUGGACAAUGCUGCCUACUUUGACUACAAAGAAGACUGUGUUUUCCCCAAGCCUCCAUCAUACAACGUAGCAACUACGCUACCAUCCUAUGAUGAAGCAGAAAGAAGCAAAGCUGAGACUACUGUUCCCCUGGUAACCGGAAGACAGCCUCAGCACAGGGAACGCCUGGAGACUUUUGAUGAUGUAAUUCGCAGUUCACUGGAGGAUGAAGACUUUGUGACCAGAGAUGACUUUGAGGAUGCUGAUCAGCUGAGGAUAGGAAACGACGGCAUCUUCAUGCUCACUUUCUUCAUGGCAUUCCUCUUCAAUUGGAUUGGUUUCUUCCUGUCUUUCUGUCUGACCACCUCUGCAGCUGGCCGCUAUGGAGCCAUCUCAGGCUUUGGCCUCUCCCUCAUCAAAUGGAUCCUCAUAGUGCGGUUCUCCACAUACUUCCCUGGUUACUUUGAUGGACAGUACUGGCUGUGGUGGGUGUUCCUGGUGUUGGGCUUUUUGCUCUUCUUGCGAGGAUUCAUCAACUACGCCAGAAUUCGCAAGAUGGCUGACACUUUCUCCACCCUGCCCCGCACCCGAGUCCUCUUUAUCUACUGAGCCUGCAAACCCUCAGUGUCCAUCAUUUUCUUUCUCUCUCUCUCUUUCAGUAAGGCAUACUGUCUGGCUUUAUUCAAUCAAAACAGCAGAAAGGAUUUUUUUCCCCCUCCUCUUGACACAAUUUGGACAAUACAACUCUUGUCCCAUUUUGGUGUAAAAUAGUGAACACAGAGAAAUCUGUAAAACCCUUCAGUUGUUAGUGGUGAACUGUCAAGUGCUAUUUGCAGUUAUGAAGUGUGUGAUGUAUAAAUUAAUGCCUUAUUUACUAUUUUACUGUUGGUAGCAGCAGCAUGCACUGUCCUCCUGUUUAGCCACCAGAGGGCAGGCUUGUUUUUGUUAUUUUUUCCACUAGUCUUCAAUCUGAUGAAACCAUUUGUCUAGAAAAAGGUGGUCUUCAGCCCAAGGGCCAGGGGGUAGUUUUGGGGAAACAGGUUGAUUUUCACUAUGCUAAAUACUGUAUAUCAAUUUAAUGUGUUUUUAACCUUUCUGACAAACACUUUUUGCUCCUUGUGAAAUAGUAUAUAAUUCAGGUAAUAUAAGGCUAAAAAGGGAAAAUCAUUCAUUCUUGGGGUUCUGGGGCUAAAAAAGGUUGAGGACCACUUGUGUAGAAGAUCAGCCCCCCCCAAGCAUCUUUUUCUUGUGUAUUUGUCUAUGCACUCAGUGUAAUCAGGAAUGCUUUUUCCCUAUUGACCAUACAUGUAUUUCAUUAGUGGGUUAAAGGUGCAGGAGAUGUAUGUCCAGGUUUAGCCAGGAGCAGAACUUCUGGGGUAUGCUGGGGGUCACUGCCUUGCUCAAGGGCACAGUGAUAAAGAUGGAAUAAGUUGAUAGUCUGUCACUGGAUUUAUAUGUGCAAUCGGACGACUUUGGUCAAAUAAAUGAUUUCAACGCUCUGUCUUAGUCACUGGCACCCAAUUGGUUUCCAAGGAGAAAAAACUAUUUUGUCGAUGUGAUUUGGAGACCUUGACCUGAGAAGAUUAAGGAAUAUUUUUAUUCAGAGCAGAGACUUUUAUUUUCUUUGACAUAAGUGAAAUAUUAAGAGUUGUUUUUAUUUUUAACCUCAUUCUAGUGGAAGUGGAAUGGUUAUUUUUAUUGUUAUCAUAUUAAGUACCUGGCUUGGAAAAUGUUUGGAAUUAAACUGUAAAAGUACA